CAGCGAGGCCGCGGCUCCCGGCUGCGCUCGCUCUGCUCCGCCCGGCAGCGGGGCCGGCCCGUGGCGAGGAGGCGCCGGGACUCUGCCCAGCCCGCAGCGGCAGCGGAGCUCGGGCUCGGCCGGGCCGGGCCGGGCCCCGUUGGGAUCCAGCCGCGCGGCUCGUCCCCUCAGCGGGGCGGCGGGCGAGUCUCGGCGUGACUCCCCCGGGUCCCUGCGGAGCAGCCGCGCCCGGCCCUGCCCGCCCCCAGCCCGGCCCGCCGGCGGCAGAGCUCCGCGGGCCCCGAGCGCCGCCCCCGGCGGGCGGGCGGGGAACCGCUCAUGUCCGCCCCCGGGCCGCGGUGAGGGGCGAGCUCCCGAUCCCCCCGCCCGGCCGAGCUCCGGCGGCGCCUGGGCCGGGAACAAAGGGCCAUGGCCGAGCGGGCCGCUGCCCAGGCUCCAGAACUGGAUGCAGUGACUCAGUGCCCAUCUCCUUUGCUGCCUCCCCUUGUCCCGGAACGAACUUCCGAAAGAGAAACUCAGACUGCAGAGAUUUCCCUGACUGUUGUGGCAGCAAUUCAGGCCGUGGAGAGGAAGGUGGAUUCUCAUGCCACGCGAUUGUUGGAUCUGGAGGGGAGAACGGGGAUGGCUGAGAAGAAAUUAAUAGACUGUGAGAAAACAGCAGUGGAACUUGGCAACCAGCUGGAGAGUAAAUGUGCCGCCCUGGGAACUCUGAUCCAGGAGUAUGGGCUGCUGCAGAGGAGGCUGGAGAACAUGGAGAACCUGCUGAAGAACAGGAACUUCUGGAUCCUGAGGCUCCCCCCAGGCACUAAUGGAGAAGUCCCCAAGGUGCCUGUGACAUUUGAUGACGUCUCAGUCUAUUUCAAUGAGAAGGAGUGGGAGAAACUAGACGAAUGGCAGAAGGAACUGUACAAGAAUGUGAUGAAGGGCAAUUAUGAAUCUUUGGUCUCCUUAGACUCUGCAAUUUCCAAACCUGGUGUUUUGUCACAUAUCGAACAAGGAGUAGAGUCACGGGUCAGAGGGCAGCAGGACUCGGAUGAGGAGAGAGAAAUCCUUGCUGACCCCAGUGCAGCAGGUAUAAGGGUUGUGAUCAAAACAGAGGAGAUUCAUCCUGAGGACUGCCCUGAAAACCUGGAGCUGCACAGAAUGUUGGAACGAUCAGAAGGAAGUUUCCAGAAUCCAGACCAGGAAGCAACCCAUGGUAGUCCAUAUGGCUCAGUAACACCUCCGAGAAACCCCUCAGGGAACUGUCUGGACGAGUCCACCGAAUAUAAAACAGAUUUCAGUGAAAUCAGAAGAGUCAUUGUUCAGCAGGGUAACUGCACAGAUGACGGGAUUGUGAUCAAAACUGAGGAGGAGGAUGAUCCUGACACCCUGGAGCCAUAUGCCAUGUUCUCAGGCAGAGCAGAGCAGCAGAUUUUCCAGAAUCAUGAGCAGGGGACAACCUGUGAAGCUCAGUGCAGUUCCAAAAUGCAACAGAGAAACCCAAUCGGAAACAGGCCAGGGCAAUCUACUCCCUGUGAAAGAGACUCCAGUGAAACGAAGACGGUCAUUGUCCACCAGAGAAACCGCACCAGGGAAAGACCUUAUAUCUGUCCUGAGUGUGGGAAAAGCUUCAUGCUGAAGAUCAACUUUAUAAUCCACCAGAGGAACCAUCUCAAAGAGGGGCCCUAUGAAUGUAAUGAGUGCGACUUAAGCUUCAGGAUCAAGCAGCAGUUUAUCCUGCACCAACGCAGCCACACACGACGGGGAGUCGGCCCGGCCCGACGUGUGGAGAACUUCAGAGACAAGCACAGCCUCAAGCCAGAGCCGAGAACGCCACCGGCAGGGAAACCCUAUAAAUGCACUGAGUGUGAGAGCAGCUUCAGCCACAAGUCGAGCCUCAGCAAACACCAGAUCACGCACGUGGGGGAGCGGCCGUACACAUGCAGUGAGUGCAGGAAGAGCUUCCGGCUGCAGAUCAGCCUGAUAAUGCACCAGAGGAUCCACACUGGGAAGAGCGAGAUGUCCUUCAUAUGCCCUCAGUGUGGGAAAAACUUUAGUCGUCCCUCCCAUCUCCUCAGGCACCAGAGGACUCACACGGGGGAGCGGCCCUAUAAAUGCACCCAGUGCGAGAAAACCUUCAGUGAGAAGUCCAAGCUUACCAACCACUACCGCAUCCACACGCGGGAGCGGCCGCAUGCCUGCACGGAGUGCGGCAAAGGCUUUAUCCGCAAGCACCACCUGCUGGAGCACCAGCGCAUCCACACUGGGGAGCGACCCUACCACUGCACUGAGUGCGGCAAGAACUUCACUCAGAAGCACCACCUGCUGGAGCACCAGCGGGCUCACACCGGCGAGAGGCCCUACCCCUGCACCGAGUGCACGAAGUGCUUCCGAUAUAAACAGUCCCUUAAGUACCACUUGAGGACGCACACAGGGGAGUAGGCGCCAAUGGGAGCUGCCUCCAACCUGGGCAUUUGAGUCCGGAGUCUUUGUGAAAGGAAGCAGUGGUGCAACAGUGUGUAGGGACUGAUAAUUUGAUGUAAAACAAAUGAAGCAAAUAACAUGCAGCAAAAUUAAAAAGAACAGAAAAAGCUAAUUUAGGGUAAAUAUUCAUCAUAAUGUACAGGAUAUUUUGCUGAAGUAGGACUAACUGCUUUUUAAAUCUAUUCCUUUUGAUAAUAAAUGUGAAGUAACUUUUAUUUGAUA